CCGGGGAAGGAUCAGGGGGCGGAGAGAGGGGGGGGGAGAGAAAGAGAAAAGGGCCGAGACGGAGCAGGAAGGGAGCGUGGUGAUGGUGGUGGUGGAAGUAGUAGUAGUGGCAGCUGGUGAUGGUGACAGGCCCAUCCAUCUUCGCGCCUGCCUUGCCGUUGCCGUCUCGUCUCUGCCGAAUGCAGGCUGAAGCUCGGCGACGCGUCCAGCAUUGCUAUUAUUUCGGGUCAUCAACAACAUGCUGCGCGCCGUUAUUUGCUUCCCUGCAGGGGUUCGCCUCGCUCCAUGAUCCAACACGUACCGUACAACCGGCAAGCGUACGUACGCGCGCGCUGGAGCAACAGCGCACGCAAGGAGUCCGUCACGCGCUAGCUAGAGCGUUUGUGCAUCCACGAGCCUCUCGCUGGUGCGGCGUCGUCUCCCUCGGAGCAACGCCGUCGAAUAAAAAUCCUAAAUCGAUGCAUACUCAUUCCGCAAGACCAACAAGGCAGGUCGUGCCUAGCUUGGUCCCCUGGUCCGAAAUCGCGAACAACAGAUCGACAACGACGAGACGGCCACUUCCCUCAUGCAGGGAGGGAAUGCUCGCGCCGCGUCACGUGGAAAAAGUCUAAAAGCCACCAGGGAAAAAUAAUAUAAAACUGCCAACCCCGCGUGGCGAUUAUGUCGACCCAAAGGGCUGGUCGUGACAUCAUCGAUCAAACGGACUGCCUGGCAGGACCACCGGCCUCGGCCAGACUCCCGGCCCACAUCGCCCCAUGUCUUCUAAGUAGAAAGGGGGCUAGCAAAUAAUCAAGACUUGACUACAACCUCUGCUCGAUCGCACCCUGCCUCGUUAAGGCCUGGACCCUGACUGGGCGCUGGUUCGCUCAUCGCACAUCUGGGGGGGGGGGG